UCCCUCUUGGAGGUAAUUGGAGCGCUUGCACCAGUUGUUCAGGCUGUCUUGACUGACAGGCAACAAAAGGACCCAAACAAACCGGUGUUCUGUUCCUGUUGGCCGCAUACGAGUGAAGAACAGGACGCUGACAUGAAGAACCUGGACGUGUUCUUGUUGGCAUGUUGCCUUCACGGCCUGAGCACUUUAGGAGGUGCUGCUCAGGUGGAACAGGCUCUGAUGAAGAGUCUCUUCUCAGACUACAACCUGAAGGUCCGUCCGGCUCAUGUUCCCGAAUCGAGGGUUGUGGUUCGCGUGGGAAUGAUCCUCUCCUCGUUUGUUGGACUGAACAUGAAAAAUGAAGAAAUGAGCACAACAGUCGUCAUGAACCUGGAAUGGACAGAUUACCGCCUGACAUGGAAUCCCAAGCAGCAUGAUGGGAUUAAGAUGUUGCGAGUCCCCUCUGGGAAGGUGUGGCUUCCUGAUAUUGUCCUCAUUAAUAAUAACGACGGCGUAUUUGAUGUGGCGCUGCGCGUCCACGUUCUGGUCUACAGUGAUGGCAGGAUAACCUGGACGCCUCCUGCUCUGUACCUCAGCUCCUGUGGAGUCAAGGUAACAUACUUCCCCUUUGACUGGCAGAACUGCACCAUGCAGUUCCGCUCAUACACCUACGACUCUACGGAGAUCGACCUACAGUACGCUUUAGACUCUAAGGGCAAGGAGAUCCGGGAGAUCCAAUUGGAUGAAGGCUUCAGCGAAAGCGGAGAGUGGCACAUCAGACACAAACCGAGCAGAAAGAUCAUGAAAGACGACCUCUAUGAGGAGAUGACCUUCUACUUGAUCAUUGAGAGGAAGCCUCUGUACUACAUCAUCAACAUCAUCAUCCCAUGCAUCCUCAUCACCAUUAUAGCCAUCUUUAACUUCUACCUUCCUCCUGAUGCAGGUGAGAAGAUGGGUCUCUCCAUUAAUGUCCUGCUCACCCUUACUGUGUUCCUGCUUCUGCUGGCGGACAAAAUCCCAGAGACCUCACUGGGCGUUCCCAUCAUCGUCAAGUACAUCAUGUUCACAAUGAUCCUGGUCACGUGCUCUGUCAUCCUGAGUGUGGUUGUCCUCAACCUGCACCACCGCUCGCCCAACACCCACAUGAUGCCCAUGUGGAUCCGUAAGAUCUUCCUCCACAUGCUGCCACCAUAUCUGUUCAUGCGGCGUCCAAAACAAGAGAACCUUCAGUACCUGGAGAGUGUUCCACGCCGGGAGAUGAAAGUCAUGGCCAUCAGCAAAGCUGCAGACGAAUACUUCAUCCGCAAACCCGACUCCUCCAUCUUGUUCCCCAAACCGAACAGGUUCCAUUCAGACGGGAUGUACACAGAUCUGAGAAAGUUCAUCGAUGGUCCGAGCACCUACCUCGCUCUUCCUGAUGAGCUAAAGACGGCCAUCGAUGCCAUCACAUACAUCGCAGAGGCUCUGCAGGCCGAGAAGGACUACGAAGCCCUAAAGGAGGACUGGCAGUUCGUGGCCAUGGUGGUGGACCGCAUGUUCCUCUGGAUCUUCGUGGUGUUCACCACUCUGGGCACUUUGGCCAUCUUCAUCGACGCUAGCUUCAACCAUACGCCCAAAGACCCCUUCAAGUCCCCGUGGGGCUCUUUUUAGCUCCCAACCAGAGCUCUAGAAAAGCUGGAACCUUUCUUUGAUUUGAAAUCUGAACACAAUUCAACAACAGGAACUAUCAGUACACAGUUAACCCUUGUGCUAUCCUAGGUACUUUAACGUUGGGAGUGGGGUCAUCUAGACCCACUAGACAGUGCUCUGAACCUUUUUUCUUCAAUGAUUUGUGAUCUUCACUGGUGUCCAUGGAUUACAUGAAAUCUUUCCACCUUUAUCCACCUUUGUCAUGGUAAGGAGAACAAGUCAACGUAAGGGGGUGUCAUCUAAGACAGCACAAGGUAUAAUGGGAGCCUUUAGACAAUAAAUGUGUUUGAUUUUGUGCAAAAAAUAUUCCCUUUAGUAACCCUGAAAGGUUUGAACUAUGAGCAGAUCCUUUGACGGCCCAAACUCUACUACAACAAAGCUUAGCUGUUUUUAUGCCUAAGUCUGUUGUUUUUCUUUCCUGAUUACCAACAAACACUUCCCAUUUAAAGUUGUCUGACCACAGAACCAUUUAAAACUUUGAAACAUUAGUUUAUGUUUGACCCGCUUUAGCUACCAGAGGAUUGAAUUCACCAACAAGGGUUUGUGGAAGUAAAUGUGCUCUUUUUGUGUCUAAUUACAAACAUUUCUCCUGUUUCUCUGAAUCUUUUGUUUUACUUUGUAGGUACAAUGGUUUGCAAAUUGUUGUAAAGGAGCUUUUUUUAAAAGUAUUAAACGGUAGUCUUACAGGUUUAA